UUCGACAGCUUUUAUUGUUUCGCACUGGAAAGUAUAAAUUGAAUGAGCUGAGAACGCCUUUUUCUGUCAGGAUGGGAGACAAAGGAUUUCCAGCGCUUCGUCCGAUCCUCUUCUUCGCUUCCUUUAUUGUAACGCUGCACCUCGUUAAUGGAGACUUGAGUUAUUCUAUUCCUGAAGAGAUGAAACGCGAGUCUGUUAUUGGAAAUAUAGCCAAAGAUCUCGGUCUGGAUCUGAGGACCUUAUCUUCCCGAAAGGCCCGUGUUGAUUUUGAGGGGACUCGUAAGAGGUACUGUGAUAUUAAUCUGAGUACCGGAGAUUUGAUCACGUCGGAGAGAAUGGACAGAGAAAGCCUUUGUGGAAAGAAACCCUCGUGUGUUGUGAAAGUAGAUCUGGUGUUAGAAAAUCCCCUGGAGCUUCAUCGACUAAGUCUUCAUAUUCAAGAUGUAAACGACAACUCGCCGCAAUUUAAUGAUGAUUUGAUUGAAAUGGAAAUAAGCGAGUCCGCUGAAAAGGGUAACCGCUUCUCUAUGGAGGAGGCCCAUGACGCAGAUAUAGGUCAAAAUGCUGUUCAAAGGUACAACCUACAAAAGAACGACAACUUUAUUCUUGCUGUUGACAGUAACAAAGUUGAACUCGUCCUGGAGAAUAAACUUGAUCGAGAGAAACAAAAAGAGAUUAAUUUGCUUCUCACAGCUCUAGAUGGAGGCUCUCCUCAGAGAUCAGGUACUGUAGUCAUACACGUCACUGUACUGGAUGCUAAUGAUAACGCCCCAGUGUUCAGCCAGGCCGUUUAUAAAGCCAGUCUGCCUGAAAACUCUUCUCCAGAUACCAUAGUGAUUAAUGUUAGUGCUACUGAUGCAGAUGAAGGAGUGAAUGGAGAUGUGACUUAUCAUUUUGGUCACGUUUCUGAUGAAGAUAUAAAUGUAUUUUCUAUUGAUCCUAAAACUGGAGAAAUUAAAGUAACUGGAUUGAUUGACUUUGAAGAAAGGAGUUCUUUUGAAAUGAGAGUCAAAGCUAAAGAUGGUUUAGGACUGACUUCUUAUGCAAAAGUUAUAAUAGAUGUUACUGAUAUGAAUGAUAAUGCUCCAGUGAUAUAUCUGAAAUCACUGACUAACCCCAUACCUGAGAACGUGUCACCUGGUACAGAGGUGGGCAUCAUUAACGUGCAGGAUAGAGACUCUGAGAAUAACAGACAGGUCCGCUGCAUCAUUCAGCAAAACGUCCCUUUUAAGUUGGUUCCUUCUAUUAAAAACUAUUAUUCUCUGGUGACCACAGGACAACUGGACCGUGAGCUAGUGUCUGAUUACAACAUUACAAUCAGUGCCACUGACGAGGGCUCUCCACCUCUGUCCUCCUCUAAAACUGUUCAGUUAUCUGUAGCAGACAUCAACGACAACCCACCUGUGUUUGAGGAACAGUCGUACAGCGCAUAUGUGAGUGAAAAUAACAAACCUGGCUCCACUUUAUGUUCCGUUACUGCUCGAGACCCCGACUGGAGACAAAACGGUACAGUGAUUUAUUCUCUGUUAGCUGGUGAGGUGAACGGUGCCCCGGUGUCCUCCUAUCUUUCUGUUAACGGAGACACGGGGGUGAUACACGCUGUGAGGUCGUUUGAUUAUGAACAGUUCAGGAGUUUUAAAGUCCACGUGAUGGCCAGAGACAACGGUUCUCCUCCGCUCAGCAGCAACGUGACCGUCAGUGUCUUCAUAUCGGAUGUGAAUGACAACUCUCCUCAGAUACUGUACCCCGCCCUGGAGGGCAACUCCUUCAUGACCGAGCUGGUCCCCAAAGCUGCACACGGAGGCUCUCUGGUGUCCAAAGUGAUAGCGGUGGACGCGGACUCCGGACAGAACGCCUGGCUGUCCUAUCAUAUAGUCAAAUCCACUGAUCCGGGACUUUUCACUAUUGGUCUCCACAGCGGAGAGAUCAGGACACAGCGGGACAUUUCUGAGUCGGACAGCAUGAAACAGAACCUUAUUGUGGCAGUGAAAGAUAACGGACAGCCCUCUCUCUCUGCCACCUGUUCCAUGUAUUUACUGAUCUCUGAUAACUUGGCUGAGGUGCCAGAACUGAAGGAUAUUUCUUAUGAUGAGAAGAACUCCAAGCUGACCUCUUAUCUGAUCAUCGCGCUGGUGUCUGUGUCCACCUUUUUUCUGACCUUCAUCAUCAUCAUCCUGGGUGUGAGGUUUUGUCGCAGGAGAAAGCCCAGACUGCUGUUUGAUGGAGCAGUUGCCAUCCCCAGCGCUUAUCUACCUCCUAAUUACGCAGAUGUUGACGGAACAGGAACUUUACGCAGCGCUUACAAUUAUGACGCCUACCUGACAACAGGUUCUAGAACCAGUGACUUUAAGUUCGUCAGUUCUUACAAUGACAACACACUGCCUGCUGACCAGACUCUGAGGAAAAGCCCAUCAGACUUUGCUGAUGUUUUUGGAGAGUCAGAUGGAUCUCCAGAGGUAGGAAUAUGUUUAUUUAUUGUUUGUUUUCUUUGCCGAAUAAUGAAGAUUACUUUUAACGAUUUUUUUCACGUCUUGUUUGACAGGGUUGUGCAUCAUUAAAAUAUGUGUUCACAGGUGUAAGGAAUUUCGCUUUAGCAUUUUACAUUUUAGCUGUUGUAUCUGGGGGAAGGAUCUUUACAGUCUCAGUCUUGAAGUAACAUUAAUGUCUUCUAUUAUUUGAUUGUCCUGUCGUUAUCAGAUGGGCUUGUGUCUGUUCUGAAAAAACCCAAAAACAAAUUAAUGGUCCAGUAGUGACAGUAGGGAGUAUAUUGUGUAAUCUGAAGAUGUACAGUCAGUAUGUCAGCCUAGUGGUGUGGUGAAACUAGUAUCUUAGACUUAUUAGAGUAUAUAAAGACUAUAUCAUAACAUGAGUACUAACAUUUAUACCGUUAUUGUGGUCCAGAAAACAUACUAUAAUAAUAAUGAUAAUAAUAAUGAUAGUAAUCCAUAGAAAAUGACUGGUGACAGAUAGGAUGGUCCUUGUGGUGGUCUUGUAGGGCAUUUUCAAAAGUAACAGGCUUCUUUUUUUGCAUUUGUUUGCUGGUUGUAAAGAUCUACCUCUUGAUUUUUCUUGGCAGAUAGGGUAAUGUUGUCCGUAAUUAAAACACUGUUAUACUAUGUCAGCAUUGUUUCAAUUUAGAGUGAUUAAUCAUGACUUCGACCCACCACACAGACUUUGUUCAGCUGCUCAUCCUUCAGUCAUGAUGGCACUAUGUUGUAUCACCUUUGCUAUCCAUGGGACAUUUACAGUAUAUUAUUACGAAUGUUGGAGAUAGGGUUAUACAAUACUGUCUGGGAAACUGGGAAUAUGACGGCAUCUUUAAAGGACAGUUCAUCUGAAAUAUUAUUCUAAUUAAAAAAAAAUCCUUCGGUGAAGCCAUCUCACCAAGGCUUCUAACUGUUACAAUUUAUU